UGGUAAUAAACAAAUUAUUUGGACUAUUGUGAUGUUAAUURCUUUUCAAUAAAUUUUGAAAUAAGGUGUGAGCUAUGUUGGUAUUACAAUACCAAUGUAUGUUCAAAAUCAAAUACUUUAAAACUUUUGAGUAUAAUUACAAUUUUAAUCAUUUAUAAAUAUACAUGAGAAACGACAAGACAAAAAAUCAACAAUAGUUACUGCAGAUAGUCAAUAAAAUUCAAUACAUUUAAAAAAAAAAAAAAAAAAAACAAUAGGUUUAAUAUCCUAGGAACAAGUUGUUUUCAUACCAAUGCUCUUAAAUAUAAAUUUUUCGUAAAAAACGAAUCUAUUAAUCUAUAAAUUAGUUACUUAAUGCGGACUUCUAAACUUAAAUAAAUAAAUAAAACARAAAAAUAAAUAAAUUGAAACUUUUUAACAACAUGAUAUAAUUUAGUUAAAUCAUUGAAAAGUAUAUUAAUUAAAUUGAUAAUUGUUGUGGGUAAUAGUUGCACUUAGUUUUAAAAGUACUUUGCAUCACUGUUAUACUUGUACACAUAGAAAAGUGAAAUACUUAGAAAUGUUUCCAUAGUAAAAAUUGAAUAACAUCUGUUAAUAUUUUUCCUUUAUUAAAUAACUAUUAAUUUUAUUUUUAUCAUUUUGUGGGGCACCYACCAAGACAACUGRAUUUUAAAUUUUAACUUAUAAAUACAUUUUAUCUUAUAUUAUAUUUAAUGUACAAGUACAAGGAGUUGGGUGCAGCAGGUGCAGGCACUUACGGUACAGUUACAAAGUGUCUUAAUGUGACAAACGGGCAGUCAGUGGCAAUUAAGAGGCUACGUGACACAAUGGAUGGACGACGAGGUGCCCACAAUCGCCGGCACUGCGAGAUGAUGGUGCGUGAGAUUUAUCUGUUGCGGGCACUCAAUAAUAAUCAUGURGUACCAAUAAUUGAAGCAUUCAGGCACCAUGGACAUGUCCAUAUGGUGUUCCCGUUGAUGCGGUAUAACCUUUACAGAUAUUUGGAGCUAAACGGAGGAUUUUUAACAGUAGAUGUCACGAAAGAAUGUGUUUACCAAGUAUUAAGAGGGCUAAACUAUGUGCAUAGUCAGAAUGUUGUGCAUCGCGAYAUCAAGCCAGAAAAUAUUUUGCUGUCAGCCAAUGGUAUAAUCAAGAUCUGUGACUUUGGGGUGUCCCGGAUGUUUAGCACGGACAGAACACUAGACCUCAGCACUGAGAUGGGCACUGUCUGGUAUCAGGCCCCGGAAAUGUUAAUGGAGUCAACAAAAUAUGAUGCUACUGUAGACAUUUGGUCAGUUGGCAUUUUGUUCACGGAAUUGGUCAGUAAGAUGCCUCUUGUAGCUGAAGACACAAUUAUCAGUCAAUUGUAUGGUAUCACAAAAAUACUGGGAUGCGACAACUGUGACUUGAUAGUGGUAGAUAAGUACUUACGAAAACACGGUUUUAGCCUUAGUUUAGAGGCUAGCUAUGCACCAUUAUCUCAAUCUUAUACAGUCUCGAAAACCGCCAUGGCACUUCGAAAAGUGUAUGCCUGUUGGCCAAUAUAUCUGAUAGAAAUAGUAACACAUUGUCUCCAAUUUAACCCAGUUAACCGCAAGAACGCUGCACAGUUACUGGACAUGAAAUUUUUCACUGCUGGAACAUUCUUGUCACRCUUUGAUAAGGAGAUGAAAAUUAAACUGCAAGAGGACGAUGCAAGAUACCAAUAAAUGAAAUAAUCAUUUAU